CAAACAUGAGAAACUUAUCUAUAAUAGCUACCAUUGUAUCAUGCUUAGGAGGCUUCCUUUUUGGUUUUGACCUGGGUGUGAUUUCUGGUAUUCUCGCGAUGCCAUCAUUUACGGCAUAUUUUCAUAUUGCCGGAGAUCCCAACACAGUGGCACAAAUGAAAGGCAAUGUUGUGUCUUUAUUACAAGCCGGUUGUUGUGUAGGUUCUUUAUUAACUAAUCUUGUAGCUGAUCCUGUGGGAAGAAAAAAAGCAAUCAUAAUAUUCUCAGUCAUUUUUAUCCUUGGUGGUUUAUUACAAACACUUGCACAUAAUCUUGAUACAAUGAUGGCAGGUCGUUUUGUAGCUGGACUUGGUAUUGGCGCCACAUCAGCUCUUGUACCAAUGUAUAUUGCAGAAAUUGCCCCCAAAAAACUACGAGGUAGACUUGGUACCACUUGGCAAUUCUUAAUUGUUCUUGGUAUUAUGGUCAGUUAUUUUGUGGAUUAUGGUUGUAUUCGUAACCUUCCUUAUGGUGAUAAUCAAUGGCGUGUUCCUCUUGGUAUUCAAAUUGUUCCUGGCGGAUUACUCUUGAUUGGCAUGAUCUUCUUACCUGAAUCUCUACGUUGGCUGGCUGUCAAAGGAAAACCUGACUUGGUCAAGGAGAAUCUUCUUCGAUUACGCAAUAUACCAGAAGAGGACCCCGAAUUUGUGGAUGAAUUACAAGAAAUCUUGACUGCCGCAGAAGAAGAAAGGACACACAAAGGAAAGGUUUGGAAUGAAUUCUUUCAAAAAAAUAUGUUACAUCGUUUGUUUAUUGGUGUGAUGGUACAAGUGUUUCAACAAUGGACAGGAACAAAUGCAAUCAACUAUUAUGCACCUGAAAUUUUCCAAUCCACUGGUAUGAAUACUGACAAUAUUGAUAUUCUUGCUACUGGUGUUUACGGUGUUGUUAAAGUUGUUUUCGUGGCUUUGUCAUUCUUUAUGGUGGAUACUAAACUUGGACGAAGAAGAACACUAAUGCUAGGCUCAUUAUUUAUGUUUACGGCAUUCUUCAUAUUGGCGGGUAUGAUUUACGGUAUUCAGAAGGAUAAUGGAGGGAACUUGAAAACAGCGGUAGUAGGUGCCAAAGGUUAUGUAGCAGUGGUUAUGAUUUAUUUUUUUGCCAUUGGAUAUGAGUUCUCUUGGGGACCUAUUCCUUGGGUUUUAUGUAGCGAAAUAUUUCCUACUCAUACUCGAGCUGUUAGCUUGUCUAUUACCACAGCAUUCAAUUGGGCAAUGAAUGCAGUUAUCGCUAAAGUAACACCGAUUAUGAUGGCCAAUAUUACAUAUGGAACCUACUUCUUUUUUGGAUCGAUGGCUGUAAUUAUGGGCAUUUUUACUUACUUCUUGGUACCUGAAACACGUGGACGAUCUCUUGAACAAAUUGAUGAAGUAUUUUCCGGGAAAAUGUUUGUACACAAUGAUUCGUAUGUGAUUGAUCAUGCCAAACUUCAAUUAGAUGCGGAACAAGGAAACUAUAGGGAAUAAGUAUAAAUAAGAUCGUUUAUAUUGAUGUAAUGGAUCUCUUAUGUAUAUGGAAGUCAUAUAGUUAGUUGCUUCUAGUUUACCAUGGUUUACUUUAUUCUAUUAUCGUAUGUAUGAUUUAUUUUAUCUAUCUUUUGUCUAUGUAUUUAUUUAUUAAUGUCAUUGUUAGUUUUUUUUUUUUCUUCUUAAUAAACGAU